GGUACGCCAUUGUAAUGAACUGUAAAUUAUUUUUAAGUUUGUGUUGAAGAAAAAUUAGUUUCGUCCUCCCCCCAUGGCUGCAAUUCAAUACGCCUUUGAAUAACGGAUUAACUAUAGAUGGACUUUUUAUGCAUUACAAUAUAUCAUGAGAACCGGAUAACUUUUAAAGUUUAAGCGAUGGACGAAAAUUAAUAUUUUUGAAAUCGACUAAAAAAAAUUCGUAAGAAAUAGAUAUUACAUUUUAAACAGCAAAAUCAUUGUAAACCUGUGUUAUUAUAACUGAAUUUUAUUUUUUUUCGCCAAAAUCUCAUUUUUUGCGGCACUACCUCAUAUUUGUCGGUUUCCCGUUGGCCUUGACUUAAAGAAAAUUGCGGCGCCGCCACUGAUUGUGACUCAAACACUGCGGUACAAAUCAACAGAUUUUCAAAUCGACCGGGCGACGAGCGCAACGGUAUUUCGCAGUAAACGUCGUUCGGCUCUACGUCGCUUCGCCCUGGAAAACGAACGGUUAACGACGCCAUCCGUUACGAUUCCGAGCCACAUGUCGCGAUUUUCGUUUCACCACGUACACGAAAUCAUCAACAAUAUUCGAACAGCACCGAGCCCCUCCGUUCGGGGGUUUUCGAAUACGCGUGAUUUCGCGUUCGAUCGGCUCCGCGGUACGGCCGCGCCAGGCUCGACAACCGACCCACGACGACUGUUACGUUAGCGCCAGACGACCGCGUCCCCCUCAUUGUUAUCAAUUCGCAACGUUGUUAUCACGAACAGCGCGAAACAUUAUGGCCCCUCCGUCGUAACGAUUCGCGUUGCCGUUUCCAGAAUCGGGAUAAUGUUCGGCCGUCGGUGACGAUCGCCGAUUAUCGUUGAACAUGGCAGGAAACUUUUGGCAGAGUUCCCAUUACCAACAAUGGAUAUUAGACAAACAAGAUCUGGUGAGAGAACGUCAGCUGGACUUACAGAUCUUGAGCGAAGAGGAAUAUCAAAAAAUAUGCAUAUUUUUUUCUAACUUUAUCCAGAUUUUAGGUGAACAACUGAAACUUAAACAACAAGUGAUAGCUACGGCCACAGUAUAUUUUAAACGGUUUUAUGCUAGAAACUCUCUUAAGUGUAUUGAUCCUUUAUUAUUAUCACCUACUUGUGUUUUUUUAGCAUCUAAGGUUGAAGAAUUUGGGGUGAUAUCUAACAGCCGUUUAAUAACUACUUGCCAAACAGUUUUGAAAAAUAAAUUGAAUUAUGCAUACACUCAAGAAUUUCCUUAUCGCACCAAUCAUAUAUUAGAAUGUGAAUUUUAUUUGUUGGAAAAUUUGGAUUGUUGUUUGAUUGUAUUCCAACCUUAUCGCCCAUUGCUUCAGUUAGUUCAGGAUAUUGGACCACAUGAAGAUCAAUUAUUGGCAUUAGCAUGGAGAGUAGUUAAUGAUAGUCUAAGAACAGAUCUAUCAUUAUUAUAUCCACCAUAUCAAAUAGCUAUUGGUUGUUUGCAAAUUGCAUGUGUAAUGAUGCAAAAAGAUCUCAAAUCGUGGUUUGCUGAGCUGAACGUUGACAUUGAUAAAAUACAAGAAAUAUCCAGAUAUAUAAUUAAUCUUUUUGAGCUUUGGAAAACUUAUGAUGAAAAAAAGGAUAUUCAAGGUCUAUUAAAUAAAAUGCCCAAGUACAAAUUACAGCCAACGCGGUAGUAUUAUAUUUCAAUUCAUAUACUUUUAUUUGUUGUAAGCUUAUUCCUAUUUUCUAUUCAACAUUAUAUUGCAUAACAUUUUAUACUUAAA